UGAAAACAUUGGAUUUGGAGUCAGGUUGAACACCAAACCCAUUUUCCAAUCUCCACUGCUGGGAGUCGAGGAUCCUUUGCUCACUAACUUCAAUAACUAGGGAGACGUAGGAGUACAAAAUCCAGCGCGUGACUAUUGAGAUUCCCGUUCCGUGUCCCAAAAUACACUGAAGACAGCGGCGUCGAACGAGUUGACGGCAUUUCUCCCAUCGCUGUUCCCACAGAAAAAUUCUAAGGAGCGAUUUUUUUAUUGCUUCUGAACUGGGAUAUGUUUGCAGGACGCUGAUCGUGUAGUACUUGGUUUGGCAUGCUGAACAGUCACACAUCUUGUUGAAGGUAAACUAAGGACUAGGUGUAUAUAGAUCAUCACUCAACUCGCCAACACCGCGGCUAAGGUCUGUUGGUUCGCUAAAGCCAACGCAGCAGCGAGCUCAGUCGUCAUGGUUCGCAUCAGUUUGGAGCUGCUCACGCGCUGCAUCAACCCAGCAAAGCGGCGGAAAGGCGAGACACUGGAGAGAUACCUACGGCGUGCCACACAUCUACAGCUGAACAACAGGGAGAUUGAGGCUAUAUGUCAUCUGGACAUGUGCAGUUCACUACGAGUUCUGUAUCUCUAUGAGAACUGCAUAGAGCGUAUUGAGGGGCUGGACAACCUGCCCACCAUCACCAACCUGUACUUGCAGAAGAAUGUCAUCACGCGUAUGGAGAACCUCCACGUCUUACCACACCUUACCAAACUGUACCUUGGCAAUAACGGCAUCACUGUAGUGGAAGGCGUAGGGGAGCUGCCAGAGUUGAGAGAACUACACGUUGAAUACCAGCAGUUACCGCCUGGAGAAGAGAUACUGUUUGAUCCACUGUGUAUGUAUCAGCUAGCACAGUCACUGACGGUUCUAAACAUUUCCGGAAACGGGCUCAGCAGUUUAAGGCCGGUGGCAUGCCUGACAGAGCUCAUUACGCUCACUGCGGCUGAUAAUCAACUCUCUGAUCUCAAGGAAGUACUGCAGAUCUUGCAAAGCUGGAGACGUCUGGAGCGCGUGGAUUUCUCCGGCAACCCGCUGUGCGUCCGCUCUCGCUACAUGGACAACAUAAUAUGCGUGGCACCCAGACUAGUACUGCUGGACCGCAAGGAGAUAUCACCCAUGCUGCGGGACUUUGUCCAGCGCUGGAAGAUGUCCAAGGACAAGCGACGGCUGGAGCGACGGACACAGAAGCAACAACAGCAGCAGAGAGGCUUUGGAGCAACAGGUGGCUCACAUGGUGCGCCCAUGUUCGGUGCUGGUGGCGGUGGAUCACAGACCCACGGUCUUGGCUCAUCGUUGUCAAUGGGCACAGCCGGCAGUGCAAUGUCAUUGACUGGCUCUUCACAUCUUGGUGAUCACCGACUGGCACAUCGCUCACCAGCGUCCAAGGCUGUACACGAAGCGAGAACACGGUUUCCAGACAUAUUUGCACCGCCGCGCAUGCUUCACGGCGGGGCCACUGGCGGAGGAGGCCGUAGCAGUAAGGGCGUACACAGUCGUCGCUACGACAGCAACCUUUUCACCGGCAGUAACGUUCCAGAGACAAUCGGUCUACCGCCAGAGCCUCAGCUGCCAAUGACCACGCAGCCACAGUAGGCUACGCACGGUGUGGUGUGGAUGCAGACGUUGUACAGUGUCUCCAAGACGAAUAACCUGCCAGAGUCCAUGACGAUCAUUCUGCUCCUCUAGCGGCUGUUAUGUGUGGUGGGAAUGUUUAUUCGGAACGCGCGUUGCGGGUCUCCGGAACGAUUGCCAAGUGAGAAUGUUAUGUCGUGUUGACACAUCACGGACAUGCUACGCCUUGAGAUGAUUUUAGGUGAUGCUGGUGCCUGACACUCAGCAUAGCCACUUGAUCUUUAUACCUUACUGAGAAUGGUUGUAUAAUCAUAUGAUCAACAUUCUAGCAUUUUCCAUGGCUAGAAUGGUGAUCAAUGACAUGCACACACACACACACACACACACACACACACACACACACACACACACGCAUACACUCACUCACACACACACACACACACACACACACACACACACACACACACACACACACACACACACACCACACACACACCACACACACACACAGUGUCCGAACCAGCCAACACUGUGUGCAUGUAAAUGAAGAUGAAAUUCAAGAUAUCUGAACACUAGAUCGUCAGCAUACAUUGGGCUAGAUAUCGCAAACCCACGGCUGAUACUCGACUAAUCUCUGAUAUGGACUGGGAUUCUGCUAGAUUUUAUCCCGUUGUGUUGUGUCAGGAUUUGGCUAGAGCCCAAUCUAACCUCCCAAUGGUUAGUGUAUGUACAUGUAGUAUCACUACUCUACACCUUCUGUGCUUGUAUCAUGUAUCACUGCCACUCCUUGAAUAGUACAUCAGAUAUUCUAUAGUUCAGGCACCCGUAGUCUGCCUCGAGGUCAGCCCAAAUAUUGACCUGUGGCACGGGAUACAUUCUUCGCACUACCGAACAUCUGCACGCUAGCUUAGCGUCGGCCGUGGCUGCAUGCAGCUAACAAACAUUCUGCGCCGGCUCGCAAUAAUGAUGUUAUCUUUCUCACACAUAGGCCACUCUAUCGUGUAGAUCAUCCCCCCCCCCCCCCCUCGUCCACUGGUUUUGACACUGAACUUGAAAGAAUUGAUCAAUUAACUUAAGCUGACUUCUAUUAUUGUAAAUUUGUAGUGCUUGAGUGGACACAUGUUUGGCAGCGUAAAUUUCACGCAACUGAGUAUUUGUUUCAUACUUCAAAAUAUUAAUAUUAUCCUUCA